AUGGAGUCCAGCCUGGUCCUCCUGCUGGCCCUGGCCAUGGCGCCCUUCCAGCCUGGCAGUGGCCAGUCCCUCCAUGUGGAUCCCCCCGAUCCUGUGGUGGCUGUGGCCAAAGACACAUCCCUCCAGCUCAACUGCAGCCUGCCCUGUGACGAGGGUGUAGCCCAGGUGCAGUGGCGUGGCCUGGACACCGACCUGGGCAAUGUGCAGAACCUCCCAGGCAGCAGCACCCUCUCCAUACACGGCCUGCUGACAGACGCUGGCACACGUUUGUGUGUGGGCUCCUGUGGGGGCCGAAGCGUCCAGCACUCUGUGCAGAUCAUUGUGUACGCCUUCCCAGACCAGCUGGUGGUGUCUUGGUCAGCACAGGACCAAGAGGUGUCCUGCACAGCCCACAACAUCUGGCCCCCAGGCCCAGACAUUCUCUCUUUCACCCUGCUACUGGGAGACCAGAGACUGGAGGGGGCCCGGGCCCUGGAACCAGAGCAAGAGGAGGAGAUGCAGGAGGCCGAGGGCACGCCGCUGCUCCGAAUGUCACAGCGCUGGCUGCUGCCCUCCCUGGAGACCCCGGCCCCUCCCGCCCUCUACUGCCAGGUCACCAUGCAGCUGCCCAACCUAGUGCUGACCCACAAAAGGGGGCUUCCAGUCCUACAGAGCUGGACCUCACCAGAGCCCCCCAAUACCACCUCUGCCAAGCCCUACAUCCUGACCUCAUCACACACUACUGAGGCCAGCUCCACUGGGCUCCCCACCAGCACAAGCCUGCCAUCUACCCCUCCUCGUUCCACACUUAGCCCUAGGACUCUGAGCUCCGCUGGCACUUGCUAUCCCGAGAUCCACCAGGACCAGGAGGCAGUCUGGCAGCUACUCUGUGAAGCAUCCUGUGGGCCUGGAGUGACUGUGCGCUGGAUCCUGGCUCCUGGCAACCUGGCAGCCUACCACAAGAGGGAGGCCGGGGCUCAGGCGUGGCUAAGCGUCCCUCCCCCAGGUCCCAUUCCCGAGGGCUGGUUCCAGUGCCGCCUGGACCCCGGGGGGCAGGCAGCCAGUCUGUAUGUCUCCAGUCAGGUGUUCCCAAAACCCUCCUCCGACAUCACCCUGUGGAUUGGCAGCUUGGUGCUGGGGCUGCUCGCGCUGGCCUUCCUUGCCUACCGCCUGUGGAAACGCUACGGGCCGAGUGCUCCCCCAGACACCAGCUCAUGCACACUCCUGUGA